GAGCUGUGUGGGGAGCAGAAACAGAAGAAAAACGACUCAACCUCUUGACUCGAAACGCGUGCUAUUCCGCCGCGCCGGCCCGGGCAACGCCGGGCCGCCCGCCGAUGAUGGUGGUGGCGGUGAUUAAACAAACUCACUAAACAUUAUUUUCAGUCUCAACCGGAGCGUCGUUCUAGUCAGAAGGAGGUUCUCGCACCUUCCCGCGCGGCGUUACCAGUACGUCUUCAGGUGCGCUCUCGAACAGCGUGCGUUCGGACAGUGGAAAUGCGUUGGCGCAGUGAUUGAAGCCGUGCCUUGAAUGACAUCUACCUACUCACGGUUGAUGUUGUUGUUGUUACGGAAUUUUAGUGGUUUCUGUGGUUCCCGACCGGCGGCGAUGUGUCGACCGUGUUGCUCCAAAAAGUGAAAUAUAGAGCAGUGCUGCGGUCUAGGCUAUCGAAUUCGUUUCUUGAGAAAUUAUUGACUAAUCGGACUUGAUUACCGUCUGAUUCCAUCAGCCAACCUUCAAAGCGAAAACAAAAGAUCAACCCAAUAAAUACACACCGCACCCAGAAGGUUAUCACUGCCGCAAGAUCUCCGUCAUAGUUUUGUGCUGACUGUUACGCCCGGAACUCAUCACGAUCUGAACUUCAAUUAAAGCCGUGACGCAUCGAUGCGUCCAUUCGAAACGAAUAAACCGAAACCAUCUAUACUAGGGAGUGAUGCAUCUCAGAUUAGUAGAAUUGUUUCAGUCCCUUCUUAGUAGCGCUCACUCACAUGUCACCUAACUUCUCGUCAGCCAACCGCCUAUGAAUUCCUUUCAAAAAGUGCUGAGUAAAUCACUGCCAUUCGACCACCUAACUGACUGCUCAGCUCGAUCAUCCCGAACAAAAGACCCAAUCGACGAGAUUAAUUAGUCGGGUAGCCUCGAACUGAUCGGAACACGCGAGAGGGAAACCCUUUUUCGAAAUCGAAUGUCACUGUGUCAACCAACUUGCGCCGCCGUGUAGAGCGCACAAAAAAGUAGUGAUGCGGAGAUUAUGCGCUGAACAGAACAAAGCGUCUCCUUCAGUAGCCCAAGCAAUCUAGUCAUCAUGCAGCGGCAGUCGUUGAACGUUCUUCUACAGCAGCGGCAUCGACGACGACAACGACUACGAUAAUGGCGAUAAUCAAAGCAUGCGACGACUUUGUCGACGACGGUACGCUGAUUAGAUAGCAUUGGCUUGCUGUGAUAGAAAGUGCAGGGUUUAUUGGGUUUCAAGAAGAGUGCCGUUCUAGUCCAGGAAGACGCAAGUCAUGGUUGAAGUCGCGAAAAUGGAACCGAAGGGGAAGUCCGCCCGGAUAGUACCGACUUCGAAUUCGGGGAAUAACCUCUUGGCCAAAGUUGGGCUGGUCGCAAGGAAAGGUGAUGCUUGGUGUGAAAAUGAACGCACUAAGCAGGACGCAACGCAAGGAGAAGAUCCCUCGGAACCGUUUAUCGCGAAGGAUAGUGAAAGUGAAACCAGUGUCGAAAGUGAUCAGCUGUGCAAACAGCCCAAAGCUCGAAUUUAUUCAAUUGAUGUGGAACAAAAUGUGCCAACAACGGAAUGCUCCGAUAAGAAAAUAAGGGCAAGUGUUCUUAGUAGUAGCGAGUGUAGUACCUCAAGCAACACCAGUGCCAGCGAAGAACCGAAACAUGGUUCCCAUAUAGAUGCUAAAUUAAUGGAUAAGUUUGUCAGGGACAACCGGAAGCGGCGAAAACGGAAAGAUGCAAAGACUACGCUGAUAAAAUUGUGCCAAUGUUGUCCCUGGACCGUGCCAUGGAGUCUGCUGGUGAUAAGUGCAAUACAGAUUUGUACAUACGUCUUUAAUAGCGAUAGGUUUUACCAACUUCUAAUAUUCAAUCCGGUGCUGCAGCAUGAGAUAUGGCGUUUCGUGACAUAUACCUUCCUCCACGCCAAUGCCGUCCACCUGAUGCUCAACGUUAUCAUUCAGAUAAUAGUGGCCUUCCCCCUCGAGACUGAGCAGGGACAUCGGCCGGUGCUGGCGGUGUACUUUGCCGGCGUGAUUGCCGGUGGAAUGGGAGCGUCCGUGUUCGAUCCCACGCAGAUGGUGGGAGCCUCGGCCGGGGUGUACUGCCUGUUGAUAAGCCAUGUGCCGCACAUUGUUAUGAACUUCCAAUCCCUGUCGCACCGCUACUUCCGGAUAAUGGCCGUCCUGGUGCUGUGCGUCAGCGACGUAAUCUAUUCCGUCCGCCACUGCAUGACCAAGGGCAACCUGCAGCCCCGGAUAGGCGUCCCGGCGCACGUCAGCGGUGCCAUCUGCGGUCUCCUGAUAGGAUUCCUGGUGUACCGUGGGGAAAAGGUGGUACAUUUUCGGAUUGGCCGAUACGUGGCAGCACUGCUCCUCUCCGGUUGGGUCGUCGCCACGAUCCUGUAUAACGUGGAAGUGCGAGCGUAAUGGUUGUGGGAUGUUCAGGCGUUUUGAUGUUUUGAUGUACUCAUGCACGGUUUUGUGUAAGUAGUUAAAUUUAUUUAUUUAUCGAGAGGGAAUAACGAUUCGAAUGGUGGUGAUCGAAGGCCAAAAAUACUUAGUCAGACCUGUACCUAAGAUGCAAUUUCGAUGAAAAUGAUAGUCAUGUAUACACGAUUAAAAUUAUUUGAAAGCUUUA